AUGGCGGUGCUGUAUCCUCUUUGUCAGUAUGCACUCGUUCUCCCACUACUCGCUCUAGCCUCAUUACCAACCAUACUGCUUGCAACAAUUACGACUAUUCUUUCGAUUGUGAUACUACUUCUUAUCACCAUUUUUCUCUACAUCAACCUCGCCUUGGCUGUAGUGCCCCAGUGUUUACUUGAACGCCAUUCUAGCACAGCUACUCCUCGCCCAUCUCUCCGACAUGGGGAGUCUUCAACUCACUCAUGUAACAGUCAGAAUAAGAAACGGAAUUGCUCCCGCUCCAUCACCUCGACUAGUCCACCUCAUAACUUAGGCUUGUGUUUAGGCCUUGACGCUUCACGCGAUUACGAAGGCGUUGGGGGGUGGGAACUAUCCCGAGCUCAGAACGAGCGUGCGGACUGUGAUUUACCAUGGAUGCAGGCCAUGCCAUCUCUAGAGCUCCCUGGAGACUAUGUCCGACGACAUCAUAGAAACUCCAAGAUAGACUCAACGGAUAGUGAACAUAGAGUAUCUACUCCAAGUAAUCAAAGAUUUUGA